GGGGGCUUUUCUUUGGUGAGCGGCGCAGGUUGUGACGCGAGGAGUCGGCGGCCGGGUCUGGGACCAGGCGGUGCACCGGUCGGUCCGGUUCAUCCUGCGAGGAGGAGUUGCGGUUGUAAUCGUCCCGUCACGGUUUCACUCAGCGACUGAAAGUAUUUGAAGAGGAUGGCAAAGAACAAGUCAAAGGCACAGAAACACAAAGAUGUUUUCAAAGUUGCCAACAGCAAAAAUAUAAAAGCCAAAAGCAAAACUAGACCUGUAACUACAAGUCUGAAGAAGAUCAACAUUAUGAAUAGUGAAAGAGUUUCUAAAGUCAAUAAAGCAUUUACUGAAGUACAAAAAGAGAUCAAGAACUUAUCCAAAGACACAACUUUAAAGAAACCACUGCAGAUUUCCAGACCUCCUGCGGCUGAGCUGCUGAACGUGGACGCUACAACUCAGUUGUUUUCUCAGUUAUGAAAUUCAAAAGUUGCUUUCAGUGGACAUUAACCUAAGCAGUGUACAGUACACACAAGUACAAAAUAAUUUUAAUGUUUUAGAUUUUAAGCAUCUAUAGUUAGUUUUCUUUGGUAUACAAAUCAACUGGAAAACCUAAUCAGCUGUACCCAAGGAAAUGAACCAAAUGCACUUGCCUUCAGAAAGUUCAAAUUCAAGAUUUGAUCAAAAUUUGUCAUUAGAUUACAUUUGAUAAAUUCCACAUGUUGUAUAUUUUUGUAUUGUGUUGGAGAAAAUAAGGUAAAUUUGGAAUGGUAUUUAGAGCAAUAAAUAUGAAAAAAUAAAUGUAUUUGUUUUUAUGCUUUCUAUAGUGUCAGUCAGACAUGUAUGCUGCAGUCCUCUUGUUUUCAGCACCUAUUUUAUAUUAAUAAGAUAGCAAGCUGAAUGUGUUUAGUAAAUUCCUUUAGUCAAUCUCAAAGUUUGAACAAUAAGGACGGUUUAAAGAAAGUGCAGUUCAUCAGUAGCAAUAGAUGUAAUCAGAAGCAAAAGGAAUUUUUGUUUGGAAAUGGCAGUGGGAAGAGAAUUUUUCCCCAUAUUUCUUGAAUGAGAUAACUCAAAGGAGGAGUUUAUUAUGACUACUACUACCACCACAUUUGUAGAGCAAAUACUAAUUGCUGGAUGUAAGUAGCUCCAAGACUCUUUUUGGGUUUGAUUGCAAGUAGUUUUGAAAGAAGCUGUCAGAGGUCUUUGUGAUUUGUUGGUACUGCUGGAAUUAUCAAUAGCUGCUAAAGAUCAUAUACACAGUGGCAAUUUUAUGAGUUGCUGCUACACAAUUGGCCAAUUAGAUAUUGCUUAAUGAGCAGGUGUACCUAAUAAAGGAGCCACUGAAUAUAAAUAUACACUGAUUAACAUUUGAUGUUUAAUAUCUCCAGAAAUGCAAAUUGUUACUUUAGCUCAAUCAAUCAUCAGUUAAAUAAAAACAAGCAUCCGUGGAGGGAGGUGGACAGUCAUUACUUUGGGCUGAGGCCCAUUAUUUGGACUGGAUGAGAGAACCAUUUACUGUCACCCAUUCUAUCAUUUUUUUAAAACAAUUGUCAGGAAUUAGCGAUUCCAAGGCAUUGCUAACUUGACGUACAAAAUUUUGUUCAGACUGAUGGAAAAUACCAACUUUAUUUUUAAAGCAUCAGUCCAAAUUCUGGAACUAUUUAGCCAAUAGCACAAUCCCUGAUGUACCAAAUGUACUGCAAAGUUUCAAGGUCUACAACCAAGUAGUAUAGGUUGAUAAAUUCAGACCUUGCUCCUGUGGCCCCCAUCGUGAAAAUUGUUUUAAAAUAAGUACAUCCAAGUAUUUCACAUAAUCAAGAAACGUGAAUACAGCUGAUUUCUGUUAAUCUUUGAAUGUAGAUUUAUUAAAAUAUUUUGCAAUAUUUAAUUGAUGUCAACAGCAAAUUUUUCUAUUUUCUAGCUUUUGACACAUUGUAAAAUAGGUUUAUGAAUAAAGUGAGAAAAAUUUAGUGA